CUGGCACCCGGAUCCCGCCCUCGACUCCAAUCCUCGAUUCAUUUAUGUCGUUCGCCUCCCCUAGAACAGAGCAUGCUUUAAUGCGUUCAGUUCCCCAUCCUUAUAUCCUUUUAAUCUCCGGCCGUCCAGUUCCCCUUGAACAUAUAUAAGCCCUUGCCCGCCUUCAGCUCCAUCUCGUCCGUCCCACGAAGUCAAAGUAGUCUCUUCUUUCCCCAUGCCGCUCAAAGCAAAUAUCACCGCGCCAGCAAUGUCAUUACCCAGCACAAAUACGCAGAUCGUUUUGCGCGAGCGGCCGAUCGGCUCGAUCGACCCGGGUCUCGGUAGCGGGACAUUCGAAAGCAAGGCGACACCCCUCGACGCAUCCUCUCUCGCAGCCGGGCAAGUACUCGUCAAGGUUCUGUACUGCUCUUUGGACCCAGCCAUGCGAGGUUGGCUGAGAGAUGCUCGUUCCUACUUGCCGCCAGUGCAGAUCGGCGAGGUCAUGCGCUCGGCUGGUCUCGGUGUCGUCGUUGCAAGCAAUGACGCCGUUUUCCAAGCAGGCGACUUUGUCUAUGGUAUUACCGGCUGGCAGGAGUUUGCAGCCCUCCCUGGCAAGGAGCUUCAAAAACUUGAUAUGAGCAUUCCUGGAGUUGAGCUACUUGAUUGGAUCGGACCUCUCGGCUCCUCUGGGCAGACGGCUUACUGGGGUUUGAUGGACGUCGGGGAGCUCAAGGGAAAUGGCCAGACGGUCGUGAUCACGGGUGCCGCUGGCUCGGUGGGCACAAUUGCGUGCCAGAUAGCUAAGCUCAAGGGCGCCAAGGUGAUUGCGGUCGCUGGUGGCGCAGAAAAGUGCGACUGGCUCAAGAGUGAGCUCGGUGUCGAUGAGGCGCUCGACUACAAAGAGGAGAAUUUCCAGAAGAAAUUCAGAGAGGUCGUAUGCAAGAAGUACGGAUACAUUGACAUCAUGUUCGACAAUGUCGGUGGCGAUAUUCUUGAUAUGUCCCUGCUGUGCUUGAAGCCAAAAGCGCAUGUCGUCCUGUGCGGUUCGAUUUCGGACUACAACAACACGGAUGUGAAAGGUCUGCGCAACUACCAGUCGCUGAUUGCCAUGAAAGCACGUAUGCAAGGCUUCAUCGUCUUCGAGUACGCCAAGCGCUACCCAGAAGCGGCAAAUGAUAUCGUCGGCUGGAUGAAUGAGGGGAAAAUCAAGAGAAACUUCCACGUCGUCAAGGGUGGUGUUCAAGGCUGCCCACAGGCGCUGAUUGACCUGUUCGCGGGCAAAAACAAGGGCAAGAUGGUGGCAGACAUUGCCUGGCAAUAGAAGAUCGCCACUACAACCCGAAAUCAGUAAUUGUAACAUAACGCACGCAUCAGUCUCAUCAGUGCGUAGCCUUAUACAUAGUCACUGCUGCAAACUCGCCAUGGAAUGAUCG